AUGGUUGCACUGCCGGCGCAGAUCAUCCCAGCCGCACCACAGGAGACUGCUCCCAAGGAUGUCUCCUCUCUGGCAGAGCUAAUUGCUGAUACCGUGAUCACCAUGGAACCCGUCUCCACGGACGUGCUCCGAGCUGUGCGUGUGGUUGAUGCCCUGGAGAAUUUUGGAGCCAUUCUUCGUACGCAUUGCGGCAGCCGUUACAUGUUGAGCUAUCCCACCACGGCGAUCCGCACCUUCUGGAGCCACAGCUGGCAUGGUGGGGCAUGGAAGAAGUAUGUCACCCUCCUACUCUUCUACCAUGGAACCCCUGCACUUUUAAUCGCCAGCAUCGCGGCUGUUUCGGCCUCCGUGCUUUUUAGUUUUGAGAUCUUGCCUGCUCUCACUCGGCCAAAAGAAAGUGACUCUAACUUUCAAUGUAUCUGGACGAAUCUGGUGGCUUUGGUUUCCUACUGCAUCGUGCUCUUGUUUUGGAGAUCUUCGGCCGACGUCUUCCUCGACGUGAUAUGCAUAGAUCAAGAGUUCCAGCCACGGAAAGCCGAUGGGCUUUUGAGCAUCGGUGCUUUUCUGAAGAACUCCGACACCAUGCUGGUUCUUUGGGACGGUACGUACUGCGAUCGGCUUUGGUGCAUGUUCGAGAUCGCGGGUUUUGCCAGAAGCCGCUCUCCGGGUGGGGAGCCACGACUCCUGAUUCGGCCUACAGACCUGUCUAUCUGCUACUUCUCUCAAGCACUCACGGUCUUGUUUGUGACGAUCGCCAGUGAUUUCCUUCCGCUGACUGGAGACGACGAGGGUGUCCUCUGGACUUUUCAAGCACUGAACGCCUUGGUUUUCUGUGCAGGUUUCUAUGCCAACAUUGCGAUAUACCGACACUGCUUUCGCUCCAUGGAAGCGGAUGGAGACAAGCUGGCAGGAUUCUCACUUGACAAUGUCAGCUGCUUUUGCUGCGAGGAUAACCAUACAAGGAGCCGUGGGCUUUGCGACAGGCGAGUUACGAACAAGUGUAUCACUGCUUGGUUCGGAACCCAAGAGCUCUUUGAGGAAUAUGUGCGGACGGGUGUUCGCGAGCUACUCCUCCGAGAGCAUGCAAAGCAGUUCUUCACGUACCGUCAGGCCAUUUCAGCGAUGGUCCCGGUCUUAUGGCACUUCGUAAGCAAAGCUGCUGCUUGGUCCAGGUUCACCAUUUGGGACCCGAAGAUCCAGGCCACCCGAGAGCUGAUCAGGGGUCUGGCAUGGUGGUUGGGGGUUGCGCCUAUGGCCCUACUGGUUGGCACAAGGUUGUGCUACAGACUCCGGCACAGAAGGAGCUGGGCUCCGGCUGAAUAUCUCAUCAAUCUACCGCCACUGCUGGCCAGCGUCAUGGUGGUUGUUGCAGCACAGCAGCUUGAGCAUCUGUGCUUCUUGCUCGACGGCCUUCUGGAGUUGCAGGGAGACCAUGGACUCGUGCCUUAUGUGCUCAUCUUUGCCGCCAUGGUGCUCCCUGCGACCGUCGGGCUUUAUGUUUGCCUCGGUGCCAAUCUGAAGGCCUAUACGCAGGCGAAGAGAUUUGGGGCUUAG